GAGUGUUCUGUGUGUGUGUGUGUGUGUGUUUGUGUGUGUUUGUGUGUGUGUGUGUGUGUGUGUGUGUGUGUGUGUGAUUGUGUGUGUGUAUAGAGGCUGGCCUGGAGUCUCUCAACCUCACCUGCCAGACAACAUCUGCUCCCUCCUCAUCCUGUCUGCUGUAUUCUCCUGAAAUUUCCAUCUCCAUCUUGGCCAGCCCAGACAAUGCCUCCCAACCUCACCGGCUACUACCGCUUUGUCUCGCAGAAGAACUUGGAACAUUACCUGCAAGCCCUAAACAUCGGCAUGGCCUUGCGGAAGAUAGCGCUGCUGCUCAAGCCAGACAAGGAGAUUGACCAUCAGGGCAACCACGUGAUAGUCAAGACCCUCAGCACCUUCCGCAACUACAUUCUGGAAUUCGAUGUGGGAGUUGAGUUUGAAGAAGAUCUAAGGAUCGUGGAUGGACGAAAAUGCCAGACCAUAGUAACCUGGGAGGAGGAGCAGCUAGUAUGUGUGCAGAAAGGGGAGGUCCCCAACCGAGGCUGGAGACACUGGCUGGAGGGAGAGAAGCUGUAUCUGGAACUGACUGCAAGGGAUGCAGUGUGCGAGCAGGUCUUCAGGAAGGUCAAAUAGCCAGAGAGGAGCUGAGGGGCCCUCCAGACCACACCGGUCCCCAGGCUCCUCCUGGGGAGGAGGCCUUGUACCCCUUCAAGCCAGAUUGUUCCAGGUCAGCAGUCCCUUUUUUUGGGCCACUUACUCUCCCUCCAGGUCCCUCCUCCCUCCUCCCCAUGUUAAUCUAUAACUUGUAGCCCCCAGGCCAAAGUCUUUUGUCACACUCCACUGCCUCACAUCUGGUUCAAGGUCUGGCCUCCUGGAUGAAAGAAACAGGCAAAGGGGAAAGACCCCUUGAGAACAGUGGAUCUCAACUCUCUUCAUUUCAUUUGGUUUCUUCUUUUCCAUCUAAGAAAGAACUAAGCUUUGAGCAUUUGAGGACUAGUAAGAACUCUUCCUGGUGAAACUUCUGGAAAACUGAGUUGGGUUCAAGAAUGUAAACAGGAGCUACUGGUAGAGUUGUUGUUGUUGUUGUUGUUGUUGUCUGUUUCCUUGUCCUUAUUCUCAAGAAAGCCUCAUGUGCUCAACAGAACCCAUCCCAAGGCACAGCCUCACCCACACAGAGUUCAACAGACCACACAUACCAAUGUCUGAAUGAAUCCUAGCUAUCUUCUAUUUCCAUCCUACACUUUGGGGAAGAGGGAUGGGACAGAAUAAGACCCUUGUUCAGUGCUGGGGGAGGCUACAAAGCUUCAGAAUAGUGACCUGGCCUCCAUGUCUGCUUUGGGAAGGACAGGCAGCAAGAAGGCUAGAAACCGAUGGAAGAGAUAAGGCUAAGGGCUAGAAAGAUGAGGACACAGGGGCGUGAAGGCAACAGUAGGGAGAAGACCAACACGCCUGGCUAUCGGGACCCUUUGCUUGAAGGCCAGCAAGGCCGGGACAGAGGAUAAGGGGGAGAAGUGAGGACAGUAAGUCCCCUCCUUUAGGGUCCUGGAAUCACUACCGGGAAAACAGCCCAGAGGGCAGGGCCUGUUCAGGGUCAUGGCCAGCUCCAGCCUCUGGAUACCCCCCCACACACACCCAAACUGCCAGGGGCC